UUAGCGCUCGCUCUGUUCGACUAUUUUACUAAGAGUGACUACAUCAGUUCAAAUAUUUUCAUAUUAUUUAUUGAAUAAUUUAACUACAUUACGUUCAACUAAAUUCUUUGUUACCUUCUGUUACAAAGAAUUUAUCGGUCUUGUUAUAAUAAUCUUUUUAAGAGAAAAAGAAACCAAAAACUUUUUAAAAUUUUAUCAGUUAAAUCUGAAUGGCUCCAACAAAACUUAAGAUCAAAGGCAAUAAAGCAUUCUCACUGUUAUCGAUAGAAACUGACGAAGAUUUAUCUAAAACAUGGCGUUUAAUGACAAAAGUAAAAGAUUCACUGGAAUAUGGAAUGCGUUUGGAAAAUUUAUCUUGGCGACUUUGGUUCAUGCAUCAUCUUAUGGUCCAUGGAAAUAAAUCUAUAUCUCAAACACAAUUUAAAAAAUUAUCCACUGCUACAACUAAAAAAUUAGAAAAUGAGAAAGCAACCAAUUUAAAACAUUUAGCUGCUCCACUUUAUCGACCUCCUAAAGCACAAGAAAUUUUGGAAAAGAAAGGGAAGAAGAAAUAUGCUAAAAAACCUAGCAUAAGCGCUGUUGCUAAUGUUGGAUCACAAGUAAAGAAAACUAACCAGAAGACUAAACAUAUCAAAACUGCUUCAGAAUCUGUUUCUACUGAAAUAACUGCUUCUUCGACCAAUAAUAAUAAUAUUAAUGAUAAUAGUACUGAAGUUAGUGAUCAUUCACAAAAUGAUUAUGGAAAUAAUAAAGAAAUAAUUACCUCGAUUAAUGGCCAAAAUAAUGCUGAAUUAUUGGAGUUGGAUUCACUCGAGGACAAUCAUAUGAGUUUAAAUAUUGGUGUAGAUGAUAUUUUCAGAUACAAUGAAGCAAACCAAGAAUUUUACUUACGUCAAUAUACCAAUGAUCAAGAUCCAUAUCAAGUCGUUUCAUUGCCAGGAAUUUUCACUCGAUCGUUUGAUGCUCACGCUAUAUUGGAUCCUAAUAAUCAGCAACCUACAAUGAUGGUCGAAUUUAAUGAUGUUAUGAGAGUUCAUCCACAUCAUCAUUUCUAUUCUUCUUCCGACUCAUCAGAACCACCUUCUCCUACGGAUUGGUAUCCUUCGCAAAAUUCGGAAUUGCAAUCAAGUAUACCAUACCCGAUGAACGUUGGGCACGAUGCUGUUUACGUUAGCAAUAGUGAUCAUUCACCUUCACAUAUCAAUGUCGGUCCUAUGUCAUUAAAUACUUCACAUGAUACUCCAAUAAAUACUCCAUUAAAUACUCCUCUCAAUACUCCCACUACUGCUGAACAUCCACACGGAAGUCUUUCAAAUAUUUUGUAUAUGAAUCAAUAUCCUGAACAAAAUAAUACAAAUAAUGCAUCAAUUUCUCUUGGACAACAACAGCAACAGCCGCAACAAGGAUCGGCAAAAUCAGUGUCAUCAUCAACUUCUCCAAAUUCCACCACAUCAUCGAUGGAUGUGCCGUCUGCUGCUCGCCCUUCUGCUAAUAAUUCAACAGGCUCAUCAACAUCUGAAAAUAGUAGACCUAAAAAGGCUCAUUCUAAUGGUGAACAACAAUGUUUCAAUUGUGGCGUGACGUCGACUCCUCUUUGGAGACGUUCGGCCAACGAUGAACUUUUAUGUAAUGCUUGCGGUUUAUAUCUGAAAUUACACAAAAUGGCUCGUCCUAAGACUAUGAAGCCACAUAUUGUACGUAAGGAUGCUCGUGAUGAUGAAGCUGCACAACCAGUCUGCUCUAAUUGUGGAACAAUGACUACACCAUUGUGGAGACGUGAUGAAGAAGGACAAACGCUUUGCAAUGCCUGUGGCUUAUAUUUUAAAUUACAUCAUGAGAGACGACCGUUGUCCAUGAAGACCGAUGUCAUAAAGAAACGACAGCGAUAUGAGAAUGGACAAGCGCCUAAUCGUCGAGGAGGGAAAAAACAACGCUCACAAGAUAUAAACCAACAAGAGGCUCAACCACAACCGCCACCACAAAGUCAACAAGCACAAGUUGUAUAUGAACCUAACGGAUCUAUGGCUGUUCCUUCAACAACGAUUCCUUCGAUAGGAUCAAUUUCAGUUGGACAGUCGUCUCCCCCAGGUUUAGCCAUGCGCCAAUCUUCUACAACUACCACCGCGAAUACUACCAACACUACUACUACUACUACUAGCAACACUAACAACAACAUCAACGGAUAUCAAUGAGAUCACUCCAUAAUAAGAAUAAAGUAACAAAUACUUUAUUCUUAUAUUUAUAUUUUUUUUUCCUUUUUGAUGAUCCUUUUCUUAAUUAUUGACUAAAUUAAUUUUAUUAUAUAUAAAACAAC